GAAUGGCGACUCUCCUCUCCGGACCAGCCCCCAUCCAGGCAGCGCCAGUCAUGCCACCUCACCUCACCAGGCGAUGGGUAGUGUCUCCGGUCGCCUGGGGUCUACACUGUCUCUGGUGGAGGGGAGGGGGCUGUCUGGCUCUCCUCUGAGGUCCUGUAUGACGGCUGUGCCCCAGCACUACGGCUCCACACUGCCCCGCCAGGGGGCUCAGGCUCUCCCCUACGGACAUGACGCCUACGGGCUCUACGAGAGGACCGCCCUGCCUCUUUCACGGCCUGACAGCCUCACUGGCCUGCACAGCUCCUACGCCACUCACCACAGCCCACUGGACCAGGAUAUGAGGAUGGCCAUGUCUCCUGACUGCCACGUCACGCCUGUCUACGACGACAGAGCCUUCCAAAGCCCCCUGUAUCACAGCCCCACCCACGCCCACCACGGAUCACACAGCGCUAUCUACAGGACACUCACGGGUACUCGGACCCUCCAGAGGACCACAAGCCAUUGCAGCACCCUGGCGUACCAAAGAAGCAGCUAUGGGCUGAACACCGCAGGGUCAUACGCAGACCCCUUCAGGGUCUCCCAGCAGGGACAGGGGCCCAAUGAGACCUCUUUCUCCAGGCACUCUGGUCUGGUCGACAGGGCUGCCACAAGGUCCCCCUCCAUAGACAGUAUACAAAAGGAUCCUAGGGAGUUUGCGUGGCGUGACCCCGAUCUCCCUGAGGUGAUCCACAUGCUGCAGCAUCACUUCCCCUCGGUCCAGGCCAAUGCUGCAGCCUACCUCCAGCACCUGUGUUACAGAGACAACCGUAUCAAAGUGGAGGUGUGUCACCUGGGAGGUGUCCAGCACCUGGUGGACCUGCUGGACCACAAAGCUGUGGAGGUGCAGAGGUGUUCCUGCGGAGCCCUGAGGAACCUGGUUUAUGGCAAGGCUACAGACGACAACAAGGUGGCCCUGAGGAACUCUGGUGGCGUCCCCGCUCUGCUCAGACUGCUGAGGAAGACCACCGACAACGAAGUCAGGGAGCUGGUCACUGGGGUGCUGUGGAACCUGUCGUCGUGCGACGCGGUCAAGAUGACCAUCAUCAGGGACGCUCUGAGCACCCUGACCAACACUGUGGUCAUCCCCCACUCCGGCUGGAGCAGCAGCAACUACCGAGAGGAGACCAAGCUCAAGUUCCACUCCUCUCUCCUGCUGCGCAACACCACCGGCUGCCUCAGGAACCUGAGUUCAGCAGGAGAGGAGGCCAGGGGUCAGCUGAGGUGUUGUGAGGGGCUGGUGGAUUCACUUCUCUAUGUCCUCAAGGCCUGCGUUAGCACCUCUGACUUCGACAGCAAGAUUGUGGAGAACUGUGUGUGUACUCUGAGGAACCUGUCCUACCGUCUGGAGAUAGAGAUGCCCUCGUCUUGCCUGCUGGGGACUCAGGAACUGGACGCCCUGCUGGGCUACGGAUCCCCCAGUAAGGACCUAGACUAUCUCUGCUGGGGCAAGAAGAGGAAGAAGAAGAAGAGGGUCUGGCUGGAUGAUAAGUGGGACGGCGUGGGACCCAUCCCGGGGUUUGGUAAGCCUCCGCGGGGGGCAGAGAUGCUGUGGCACCCGGCCGUGGUGAAGCCCUACCUCAGCCUGCUGGCAGAGAGCUCCAACCCUGCCACCCUGGAGGGCUCUGCCGGAUCCCUUCAGAACCUCUCCGCUGGAAACUGGAAGUUUUCAGCGUACAUCCGUGCGGCGGUGCGCAAGGAGAAGGGGCUUCCUAUCCUGGUGGAGCUGCUGAGGAUGGACAACGACAGGGUGGUCUGCUCUGUGGCCACCGCUCUGAGGAACAUGGCCCUGGACAGCAGGAACAAGGAGCUUAUAGGAAAGUAUGCGAUGCGGGACCUGGUGAACCGUCUCCCCGGGGGAAGCCCCUCCCUGCUGUCUGACGAGACGGUGGCGUCUGUCUGCUGCACGCUCCACGAAGUCACCAGCAGGAACAUGGAGAACGCCAAGGCCCUGGCAGCCACGGGGGGCAUCGAGAAGCUGGUGGACAUCAGUAAGGGCAGGGGGAAGGGGUAUUCUAUGAAGGUGGUGAAGGCGGCUGCUCAGGUCCUCAACACGCUGUGGCAGUACAGGGACCUGCGCACCCUCUACAAACAGGACGGAUGGCACCACAGUUAUUUCAUCACUCCUGUGUCCACUCUGGAGAGAGACAGGUACAGGUCUCAACCAACCCUGCCUACUAGCACCUUACAGAUGUCCCCCGUGCCCCGCCAAUCAGGUGGUAGUGCAACCUCCUCUCCUGCCAUGUUAGGGAUCAGAAGACACAGCUCUAACUACCAAAGGGCUCAGUCAUCUAUGCAACUCGAUACAUAUUAUGGAGACAACAGUUUACAUAAAAACCAGUACACAGGGUCAGAAAAGCAAACACCAUAUUUUAUCGGGUCCUAUUCCUCACCAUCAAGAGAGGACUAUCCUAGGUCCCAGCAGGAAGAUGUGUUCUACUCCGACGAACCGGAUAGGAAUACUUACAACAACUACAGAAUUUAUCUGUCAUCGCCGCAAGGUUACGAGGAGGAGGAGCCUGGGCCUUACCAGGAUGAGCCAGAGAACCUGACCUCCACAGAGCGAUACAACACCUCCCAAUCUAACAGACUGAAAUCCAAUACCAACGCCACUAACUACGUGGACUUCUACUCCACCACGAGGAGGCCUUCCCAGAAGGCUAACCAGUACACUGGGUCCCCUGACUCCUGGGUGUAGGGGUGGAGAAACCAUGUAGAAACCAUGACUCAUCAGUUUGAGCUACAUCUGUGUGUGUGUGUUUGAGUGUGUGUGUGAGAUAGAAAGAACAUGAGUGUGUCUGUAUGUGUGUGUGGUUCCAGUGGGAAAGAGCUUGUUGUUUUCUGGAGUGGUGUAAUGACAGCCAAAGAAGUAAGAAAGGUUUGUUGGAUAUGAGCCAGGCAUUCGCUUGGUUGGAAAUGUGGAGAAUGGAGAGAGUGCUGAAGAAGUGUUGUGUUAAAAACAAACAUUAAAGGGAUAGUUUACUCAAAAUAGAAAUGAACAUGAUGUUCAAUAUAUGUUAGCUGUAAUUGAUAAACUAAGACAGUUAUGGAUAUAGUAAAGGCAGCAGCAAAUAUCUCAAAACUAGCUUGGUGAAUCGACUACAGCCAAAUGGAAAAUAAUGUGAAUUUGGAUUUUGAGUCAAAUAAAUUAUUUGUA